UGCACCGCGUCCUCUUUCUUCCCUACGGUUUCCGGCGCUCGCCCGCGCCGUGAGUGCGGCGGAAAGUUUUCAUUUGUGUGGUUCACGGCGUAGGUUCUUUCCCCCGAGCGCGGGCGGCGGGGAGGCGGGGGGGUGCUGCCUGAGCCCGCUCCGCCGCGCGCGGACCCUCCUCUCCUCUCGCCGUCCCCGCAGAAGGAGUGGCGAGAGGCUUUCGGCGAUGGCUUGGAGGGGUUUGGAAGCGGCGACGCAGCGGGUGGCAGAGCUGCAGGAGGAGCUGCGGGGUCUGGCGGAGCAGCUGAGCCGCUGCCAGACUGAUAAAGAAUUUGUGUGGUCUCUUUGGAAUCAUCUCCACGUGUCAAAACCAGAUCAUACUCAAGCUGUCAGCUUGGUUGUGGAAAGGCAGAAGCAGCAAGCUGAAGUCAAGGACAGAAGAAUGUUAGAGAUUUUCCAAGCCAAAGACAGCAAAAUAGAAUCUCUAGAGCAGAGGCUCACAGGACAGCAGCAGGAGAGAUUAAUGCAGAGAAAAAGUGCUGUGGAUGAGGAAAAUGCCCGUUUGAAGAAUGAAUUCAGAAACUUGAAUCAGAAAUUUAAAGAUAAAAGCCAAGAACUUAAGGACACUGAGGAGUGUGCACAGAAGAAGGAAGAGCAAAGCAGACUGGUUGUAAAAAACCUGGAGGAGGAAAAUAAGGGAUUAAAUAUAUGCUGUGCUGACCUGCUAAGUGGCCUGGAGAAACUGAGGAAGCAGGAGGCACAAUGGAAAAAAGAAAAAUCUGGCAAUGAUGCCAGAAUAGCAAAUUUGGAAACUGAUUUAACAGAGACAAGAGAAAAAAUAAAAAGUUUGCACAGUAUAUGCAGUAACUUGUCAUCUCAGGUAGAUGUGAAAUGGGAAGAACUUUUCCAAAAGUAUUGUGAUGUGGUCAUAGCUAAGAAGGAGUUAGAAGAGCUACAGAAUUUUCACAGACAAAACAUUGAAGAUACAACACAGCAGGCUGAGCAGAUAAAGCACCUAGAGGCUCUCAAUGCUGAUACACUUCAAGACCAAGAAUAUGCUCACACAGCUAAAACAACAUAUCAAGAAGUAUACUCUAAAAUUUUGUGUUUUGAAGAUGUAUUUCAACGACCUUCUUUAAGUGAGCUAGAGUGCUAUGUAACAGUGCAAGAAUCUGAAAUGGAACUUUUACAGAAAAAAAAUAAAAAACCAGACCUUAACCCAGCAGAGUAUAAUUUGUACACUACAGAUACUCUGGGAAGCAACAAUAUAAGGACUGGAAGAAAGCAUGAGGAACCACCUGUGAAAUGUUCAAGGUCUUUGUCCCUGAAGAGCUCUUUUAGAGAGGCAGAGGAGUCUCAAGAAUCUUGUGAGCUAAGAGCAGCCUACAGAAAACAUGAAGAGAGACUGCAGAUGUUACAGACCAACUACAGAGCACUAAAAGAACAAUUAAAGCAGUGGGAAUAGGGUGAUAGCAGGCUUGAAAAUAGUAAAAGCAGAUACCAGCAUGCAGGCUCCUGUCAGCUUUGUCAAGAGGAUCCUGUCGUGAUGUGGUAUGAACUGGCUUUUUUCAAAAGGGAACACAAAAAGCUGUUGAUUGAAAAGCUUCAUAUGAAAGAAGAAUUGGAUCAGAUGAAAAUACACCACUCUCUGAAGACACUUUUUAGCCUUGGUGAAGAUGAUGGGGUCAAGGUUAAUUCAAAGAGGUAUAUGAGAGAAGUUUCACAUGAGAUGUUGCUGAAGGUACAACAACUAGAAAGAAGAUUCAAAGCUAUUGAAGGGGAAUUAAAGAAACAGAAAGAAGUAAAUAAAGACUUACCGAAUGAGAAAAUUUAUUUGAAAUAAUCUUAUAUGCCAAAGGAAGAUGCAGACAGAAGAAAAAGAGAGCUGGAAACAAUACUUUAGAGGAUUUGUGAAGUAAAAAAAUAAAAAGCGGAACUUCAGUUAGUGAUUGAUGAGAAGGAAAAAGAAGCUGCCUCUUUGAAGAGGCAAGUGACAGAAGUUGAGUUGAGAAAUGAAAGUGAAGAUUUGCUGAGUCAAGUGCAGGAGCAGAGGUGUUUGCCGGAUAAAGCCAAAGCAGUGGCAAUCUCUGGGCAAUCUAAUUGCAAGAUAACCAGCACUAAGGUUAAAUUAAAAAUGGCCAAGAAAAAGAGCUCUUUGGGACAUCAUGGAGCUUUUCUCAAACAGUCCAUCAAGGUUAUGGGUAAUGUAUUUGAGAACUUCAGUAAGGAUGGCUGGGAGGAUGUGAGUGAAAGCAGUGACUCUGAAAUACCAGGUUCUGAAAGUUUGGAAACAGUGAUUAUGAAGACAGUGCAAAACAUUGAUCCACUGCCAGACAGAAGUAAACAAGAAGAAAAAAAGCUCUGCAGUGUGGUUCAUUUAGAAGUCCAAAAUGAGCGAUGUAAUAAAAAGGUAAGUAAUAGGACUUAGGAGGAUAAUGAGAAAUAAAAGAAGACUUUAAAAACACUUUCCUCUCAUCCCUCCCUCCUUCGUUCAGUGAACAGAGCAGAAGGGAGAAAUAUCACUGUCCAGAAACCAGGCUACUCUGUUAUUCUACUACAGGAAAAAAUUAAGUCACUGCAGAGCAGAUAGCUGUUUUACAGAUUUUUAAAAAAGACAGCACUGGCUUCCACUAAGAAUGUUAAAGAAAGGAAUGAAAAAUUUACAAGUCGGCUACAUUUGGCUGAUCAGAGACUUCAAGUUAAUAAACUGACCAUAGAGGUAAAACUGACUAAUUUGGUCAAGUGGCAACAGGAGAAGGAAGAUUUACAAGGAAAAUUGAAGUUGAGAGUACAUCUGUGUCAAACUGCUGGCAAGAGUGAAGCCACAUCAGCUCCUUCAAAAAACAUUGAUUUAGAGAUGAAACAGCUGCAGUGCAAACUAAAGGAUUUGAAUACUGAGAUCACUAGGCAAUCGACCACCAUUAAGUCACAAAGAAAAAAAGUCCAGGAAAAAGAAGAAAUUAUUCGGAAACUGCAAGUGAAAAUUUCUCAGCUGGAGAGGGAACUUACUAUGAAAAGAUGUUUGAUAGAAGAAUUAAGUUCUCGCCUAAAAGCGAAUCAAGAAAAUGAGAAAACCUGAAAUGAAACAAUGGAAAGUCUUGGGAGAAAGAAGACAAAAAAAGCUUCCAUUGACUCUAGGAGACAAAGACUUAAUGUAGCUAUGAAAGAGUAGUCUUAGUAUGAGCAGAUGUAUCACAAAACUAAAGAUGAUUUGGAGAAAAAGAUUCUCAAGCUUGCUAAACUAGAGAAUAGCGAAUGUGCUGUGACUGAAGUUGAAACUGCUGCAUCUCUACAUUUAAAUGGCUUGGCUAAACAGAGUGCACAGACUCUGGAAACGCAGAAAUAGCUACUGCUCACCAGUGACAAAGUAGAAGAGUUCAAGACAUUUGUGAAGACUCUAACAGGAGAGUUACACCACAGCGUACAAGAGCUGAGAACAAAAAUCAAAGUGGCAAAAAAAUGGGGGGAAAUGAAAGCAUGCAAAAAGGGUCUUUCCCAAGAGAAUCUUCAGUUGGCAGCAUCUAUCCUUAAUGUUUCAACAACAGAGCUUUAUGAAAAACUACAAGAAGAAGAUGAUAAGGAAACAGCAAAGACAAAAAUGGAAUUUCAACAAUAUAAAGAAUGGCUACAGCAUGUACAGAAACUUCUUGAAAGACAGUUUCCUUUUGCCUCAUACUUAAUGGAUGCUGUUCUGGAAAAAUUAAAUGAGAAGAAGAAAUUGAUAGAAAAGUACAGCUCCCUCAUGAAGCUCACUGUAUGA